AUGGGACACCGUGAUUACCAGUCUGCAAUAGUUGUGCGGGUGGCACGUAUCAGUGCGUUUGCACUUCGCUUAUGGAUGGCAAACUCAGCUGCGCUGGUCAUUGCCGUCUUCCUGGAUGGGGACCCCGAGACGGGCCAUAUCAAUGGUCAGAGACAUUGUCAGACAUGGCCCAGUCGCGCCCUAAAUGGCGCUCUGUGCAACCACCUACUUUACCUCCCUAAAUCAUCGGUGAACGAAACUGUGGCAGCUGCAACCACUGUACGACUGCAACCACCUACCCCACCUCCCCGAAUCAUCGGUGAACGAAGCUGUGGCAGCUACAACCACUGUACGACAAGUUGCGCUGGCGUGGCCACGUGCUGCGUAUGCCAGUCGAUCGACUUCCCGAUGGGCUCUUUUCGCACAACCACGUUAAGGAUGGAAACGAGCCACAGACGGUCAAACAAUGACUUGGAAGGAAAUUUUGAAAGCCAUUACCAGCAAACUCAGCUGCGCUGGCCUCAUUUUCCAACCAACCACCCCCCACUUGACAGCCCACUGACAGUGCUGGACUUAUGCACCAAUUUAUCAGCUCCCGCCUGCAAUGCGCAGCUACCUAGCUUCCCCCACCCUAAAUCAUCGGUGAACGAAACUGCGGCAGCUACAACUACUGUACGACGAGUUCGCGGUUAUUACAGCUGA